UUUAUAUUCGCCUUUUCCCUACUUUUUCUUCCCUUGCAUACCAGUCUUUGUGUCCAGUGUUUUACUCUUAUUUGUUUUCAUACAAUAGUAUUUUGCCAAAACUCCUUCUAUUUUAUUUAAAGCAGUAUCUUACUAUAGAAAGGCAUUGUCAUUUUAUUUCAACAAAAAGUGCCUGAUGUUGAAAUAUUGGAUUGUAUUUUAGUUUUAUGCGUCCGCCUGGUAUAUAAAAUGUCUUUAUUAAGGUCUUUUAUUGUGGGGGAUGACCAGCUAGUUCUCCGAUAUUAUACAGCCACCCUGUAUAUGAAAACCAGGAAAGUGCCAAUCAUUUUCGGUUGGACACGUUUAUGAUUACACUCGGUAUAUUUUAAAAUCGGAUAGCAUCAGAUUUUUAAUUAAUUGUCCAAUGAAAAGAGCGAGUUCGUCAGUUCGGGUUAGGGAUAGAGGAAGCGAGAAAGAGGAUUAGAGGAAUACGCAUCAGUUCGGAGUAGGACUGAAGCACCGAACCCGGAACGAAUGGGAUCAGUAGUGUUUGCACUGUGAACUCUUAAAGAUUCGCGAUUCCCAGUUUCGUCCUGGACUAUGCCAUGUGGAGUGCCCUGGUACGAGGACUAGCCAACUUAUUAACUAACAGACAAACACCUCAAGGAAUGCAAUCAAGUAGAAGGGGGUCUGAUCGGGUACCAACACCCCCAGUUUGUGGAAUUACCGGACUCACAGCCAGCCAAGUGUCUAAUUAUUUGAGAGCGAACCAAGAUUUUUUGGAGCGCUUCGUGACCGAGGAGGUCGAACUCGAGCAGUUGGAGAGAUGGCUGAUAAGGAGGUCGCAACAGCUGAAGAGGAAGGAAAAAGAGACAUCGUCGACGAAGAAUAAUAACAGUAGCGGCAGGAAAACGAGUUUGUCCAGGUGGAAAUUCUGCGUGCAUGCGGACAAAAGACAAAUGCUGCUCGAUUUAACUCACAGUUUGCAGCUGAAACCCACCAAGGAUCACGUUCUUUGGGAACUGGCCAAUUGUAUAUGUUCUGCUGUUAAUGCGGAUGGAUUCAGAUUGUAUAUUGCUGAACACAGCAAUGCUCAUAAUUUGUUCCUUUAUCAAGAAAACUCCGAUAACUCGGAUAUUUCGAAAAAAGAGAAAGCAAUAACAGGGAAAACGGUACCGACUUAUGUGGCCCGAACUAGAGAAGCUGUGAGGCUGUCCAGGAAUAAUACAGACAAUAGAUUUCCCAACGCUUUUACAGGACUUAGUCAAGCGGCGCAUCUCCAGUGUCAAGCUGUGCUACAACCCGAUGGUCAACUCGUUGCGGUUUUGGAACUUUGGAGGAAGGAGGGUGAUACGCCCUUUUAUGAAGAAGACGAAGAAAUUGCCUCUAGCUAUAUAGUUUGGGGUGGUGUUGCGUUACAUUACGCCGAACUGUAUUUUUCGAUGAAUCAGCAAAGAAGAUUAAAUGAUUUUCUAUUGGCUGUCGUCAAAUCUAUUUUCCAAGACAUGGUCAGUAUGGACAUCUUGGUGACGAAAAUCAUGAAUUUUGCUCAGAGGUUGGUGGAUGCAGACAGAGCAUCGUUGUUCCUUCUGGAUUCGAAAAACAAAGAACUGUAUGCCACUAUUUUUGACGUGGGGCUUGAAACCUCUCGCGAGAAUGUUGACGACGAUAGCGAAGAAAAUGCUAAAAAAGCCAGCAAUAACACUUCGAAAGAGAUUAGGUUUCCGUUAGGAACUGGUAUCGCAGGCCAGGUUGCUAUGACCGGGGAAGUCCUCAAUAUUACUGACGCUUACGCCGAUGAAAGGUUUAACAGGACAGUGGACCAAUUAACGGGAUACAGAACAAGGACCAUACUUUGCAUGCCCAUAUUUAUAAGAGGGUCCAUUAUCGGGGUGGUGCAAAUGGUGAACAAACGUACAGGGUCUUUUACAAAAGACGACGAACAAGCGUUUGAAAUGUUUGCAGUGUAUUGUGGCCUAGCUCUGCACCAUGCAAAGUUGUACGAUAAAAUUCGUAAAUCAGAGCAAAAAUACAAAGUCGCUCUUGAAGUCCUCAGUUAUCACAACAGUUGUACGGAAGACGAAGUCGAGACUGUCCAACAAAAUAAACUGCCGGAGAAGGUUGAGGUACUAAUCGACGAUUACUACUUCAACCCCUUCCAGUUGGAAGAUUAUGAAAAAGCAGGGCAUGCCAUUUACAUGUUCACUGACCUGUUCGGCCUGUCCAGGUUCGAUAAACAGAGCCUGCUGCGAUUCACCCUGACCGUUAAAAAAAACUACAGAAGAGUGCCGUAUCAUAAUUGGGCGCAUGGGUUUUCCGUGGCCAAUUGCAUGUACACCAUUAUUAAACAUUCUGGAGGGGUGUUUCAGACAAAUGAGGGUCUUGCUCUUUACAUAGGAUCAUUGUGUCAUGAUUUGGACCACAGGGGUAAAAAUAAUAAAUUCAUGUUGGAAUCUGCGUCUCCCAUAGCGGCUAUUUACUCCACAUCGACCAUGGAGCAUCACCACUUUAAUCAAACUGUUACGAUAUUACAACAGGAAGGGCACAACAUUUUCGCGAAAUUGUCGAACUCCGAAUACAAGCAAAUGUUAGGAUUGUUGAAGCAUUGCAUUCUCGCCACCGAUCUGGCACUUUUCUUCCCUAACAAAGCGAAAUUGACGGAAAUUGUGGAACAAAAGGCCUUUUCUUGGGACGACGAAGAACACAGAUUGCUCUUAUUGGCCAUUAGUAUGACAUCGAGCGAUUUGUGUGCCAGCGCAAAACCGUGGGACAUUCAAACCGAAACCGUCAAAGUCAUUUUCGAAGAAUUUUAUCAACAGGGUGACGCUGAAAGAGCAGCUGGGAGGCAACCGAUACCCAUGAUGGACAGAUACCAGCCUGACCAGCAAGCAGCUUCUCAAGUAGGAUUUCUGACUGGCAUUUGUAUACCUUGUUACACCCUCUUGUAUACCAUCAUACCUGAAACGAAACCAUUAUUGGAUAAAUGCAACGAAAACUUGAGGAGAUGGCAAGAGAUAGAUCGCGAAGUCCAGGAAAAAAAGAAACUUGGAGGGGAUAUUUGAGAACUACUCUUCAUCCCCUAACAAUAACGUCUGUCAGGUAUUUGAUGAUAGGAUUAGCGAUCUGGUUUAAUCGAAUUUUUAGCUCUUUUAAAUUUCUUUUUAUUCUUCUCUAGUCGUUUAAUAAAAAUAAUAUUAUAUGUUACGUAUGUGAGAAAAGAAAAGAAAACGAUUUUAUUAAAACAUAACAUGGACCAACGCCAUAUAUUGUAGACGCAUAUCUGUAAGUAGGUUACUACUAAUUAAAAGUAGUAAAUAGUAACAUAAAACAAAACUUCUUAUACUUAUACAUAAAUGUAUGUAGUUUUCACAAUACAUAUUAUUUAUUUAUCUAAUUAUUAAUUAUAUUUUUGUACUCUUUAUAUCUCAAAAACUGAAGGAUAGUUUGUACAAACUUCUAGUCAUUGUUUAAAAUGUUACUGUUGUAGAAGA